AUAUGUAACUUAUAACGUUUUCUGAUUAUAUUUUUUAGCACAGUUGCAGUGUUGUUGUAGCAUUCCAAAAGCUUUACAAAAAAUUAAACAUGACUGUUACUUUUUACUACUCCAGUGUAUCAAGCAGUAUGGAAAUCAAAAAGAACCAACAAAAAAUUGAAAUGAUUCUUUCCAGCAAAAAGAUCGAUUUUAAAAAGCUGGACAUUGCAAUGGAUGAAGAUGCGAAAAAACAAAUGCGAGAAAUAGUUGGUAAUCCUAAGGCUCUUCCACCUCAGCUGUGUAAUGGGGAUCAUUAUUGUGGAGACUACAAUGCUUUUGAAGCAGCGGUUGAAGAAGAAACCCUUGCAGAAUUUCUGAAACUCAAAUAAUGCAAUGUUUAAUUGCAGUCAAAAAGGAGCUUCCUGCUGUUUAAUUGUAUGCAAUGAAAAGACUAAAAUUUACAAACAGAAAGUUGUUUUAUCUUUUCUGAUUGGCAACAUAAUGUAUUUGGACUUAAAAAUAUGCAGUAUAUAUAUAGUAUAAAUGUAUUUUUUGUUCUGAUUGAUAUAAAUUGUUAUAAACCUUCUGUUGUUCUGUCAGUGUUUAAACUUUGGAUAAUGGGAUUUGUAAUGUCACAGAUUUAAAAGUGUGUCCUGGAGUUUUGGAUUUUACCCAUACAUAUAUAAGUUUCAGUAACCUUCAACAAAAUUUCAAAACAGGCUUUAAAUAUUCAAGAUUUCUCUAUUAGCCUGAAUAAAAUAUCUUUUCACAAAAAAGCUUUUCUAUAUAUAUAGAAUAUAUUUCAACUAGACGUGCCACCAGUGCUAAAAUGUCACUCUUAAAAGUUUUAAACUGCCUUUUUUUGAGGUAAGCCUGUGUGUAGUUGUAUUUUGACCUUUUAUUUGCGCAAUUUUAACUAAAUGAUGGCAAUAACAAAUUUUCUUGGCAAUUAUUAGUGUAGAAAUUGUAGUAAUUUAAUUAUCUGUCCUUUACUCACAUGUUCGUUUAAUUGGUAGUAUCUAUGUGUUUGCACAUUCGAAAUUGAAGGCCUAUAUAAUUAUAAUAUACGGUAUAUAUCAUUAUGUAUUCUCUAUAUUCUAGA